AUACAAGUCUUCAGAGAAGCCUGGUGUGACAAGUGAUUCAACAAUGGCAAAAACAGCAGCAGAAAGGCAAAGAGAGUACAGGGCAAGAAGAAAUGCUGAUCCAGAACGAAGGGAAAAGUACCUCAGGAGUGAACGCAUGAGAUGGACAAAAUAUGUUUUAGCAGGAAAGAAGAAAGGAAUAGGAGAUCUAGAUAAGAGAGGUCAAAAGAUGAGGAGAAAGGGAUGGAGAAAAGCGAAGGAGCGGCAAAAGCAAAGGGAAAUGGCUGUUAAUACUAUUGCCACCCCUCCACAAAGUCCUGAUAGAGACGUGGUGAUGUCACAUGAGCCCACAAGACAAUCUGUGAAGGGGAAGAAAAAAUCAAGAAAGACAAAAGACAAAUUGAGAAAGCAGGUAGCUGAUUUACAGAAAUGUCUUGAUGAAGAAAGGAGGGCCAAAGAAAAGUACAAAAAAAGGCUCCAGCGUUUAGAAAAGAAGACUUCGUCAAAAUCCACAGCUGUACCAAGUGAUGUCAGAAGAUCUGCACUGCAUCACACAGCACUCGUUGCUCAAAUAAAGGAGCAUUAUAAAAAUGCAAAAACUGAACGAGAGAAGCAAAUUAUAUCCAGAGUAGUGGCAGGUAACAUUAUUAAGAAGUAUAGACUGCAAUCAUUUUCAGAGUCUGCUUUGGGUUUUUCAAAGAAACGCUGGAAGCUCACAGGCAGUGUAUCUACAUUUCAAAGAAAGAAAAUCUCAAACUUUGUGGACAUCAAGAAGAGGGUGAGGGAUUUCUUCACACGUGAUGAUAUCAGUAGAAUGACCACUGGCAAAAAGCAAACUAAAACAAAGAACAAACAGAAGAUGCAGAAGAGGUUCCUCCUUGACACGUUGAAAAAUCUGCAUAGGAAGUUUCUUGCAGAGAACACAGAAGAAAUUUCAUACUCCAUGUUCAGCCGCCUCCGGCCUUUCUGGGUGGUUUACCCUUCCCUUGCUGAUCGGGACACUUGUAUGUGUAAGCUUCACGAAAACCUGACCUUUGUCGCAGAGAAGCUCAAACAAAUUAAGCUUAUUGAAUCGUCAGUGCUUGAAGAUUUAGUUGAAAGUGUGUGUUGUAGUUCCUUGAAUAAGCAGUGCAUGUACGGUGAAUGUGAACAAUGCAAGAACCAAACAGUUCCAAUGUCAAGCUUGUAUGCUGCUGAUGUUAGUGAUCUCAAAAGAUAA